AUGCCGGCGCCACCUGUAGCAGCGUCUGUCCCCACCACCGCUGCACCUUUCUCUCUCUUUUUAUCCCCACUCAGUUCUAGCUCGCAUAUCUUCUCAACGCCGCAGCCAUCAUCUCCUCCAGUCAAUGCUUCCAGUGUGAUAGUGAUCCUUCUAAGAUGUUCAUCGUAUUUUUCAGAUGAGGUUCUUGAGCGUGUUAUUGGGAUGCUGAAAUCAAGAAAGGAUAGAAGCUCUGUGUCACUGGUUUGCAAGGAGUGGUACAACACUGAGAGAUGGUCAAGGAGGAAUGUGUUAAUAUGUAACUGCUACUCUGUGUCUCUUGAGAUCUUAACCCGAAGUUUCCCAAACAUAAGAAGUGUUACACUGAAAGGGAAGCCACGUUUCUCUGAUUUCAACUUCGUUCCUGCAAAUUGGGGUGCUGAUAUUCACUUUUGGCUUGUGAUGUUUGCUGAAAAGUACCCUUUUCUUGAAGAGCUUAGGCUUAAAAGGAUGACUGUUACUGAUGAGAGUUUGAAGUUCUUGGCGCGCUCUUUUCCAAACUUCAAAGCUAUUUCCCUUCAAAAUUGUGAUGGUUUUAGCACUGAUGGUUUGGCUGCAAUUGCUGCAGAUUUUUUUAAUAAUCCGGUUAUUGAUGGAAAACUUUCUCAAACUUGCUACCUUAUGGCUCUUGAUUCAUGCUAUAAACAACUCGGUCACAAGUGUUCAGAAGGGCCUCCAAUCCCCGGAUUUGUUAUUGGAGAUGAAGGGUACAGGCAGGACAGUGACAUUCAGAAAGCUGAGCUUUCAAGGGAGGCAUUGACACAGCUCUCCAAGUUGGUUGAGUUCACUAUUACUCUACAUAAUUUCAGAUGCAACAAAGAGAAAACAGUGUCCAGUCAUUUGAGAAGCUUCGCCAGAUACUCCGAGAUGAUAUCAAGUUUGGUAGAAAAGCCCAAACAGCUUUUCAUGAAAGAUAUCAGGUAUUCAUUUCAUGCAAAGAUUGCAAAUGCUGAUUAG